AUGUCAUCCUCAAGAACAGAAGUGGGCCGAUCGAGUGGAGACAAAGAGGCAGCUUUUUGGUCUGCACAGGAGGAUGGUCCUGAGACCAAACCUUAUGGCGGCGCAGCUACAGCCCAGCAAGAAGCUGCUCGGCAAAAGGAUAUUGAAUUUCGCCAGAGGUUUGGUGAUGCUGGGCCCCUUGGUCUCUCUGGGUUUGCCUUUGCGACGUUCUUAACAGCCUUGGUCAACCUCAAUGUCCACGGCGUGACUAUUCCAAAUAUUGUCAUUGGACCAGCUCUGGCUUAUGGAGGUCUUGCUCAAUUACUCUCUGGCAUGUGGGACAUCGCCAAUGGCAAUACAGUCAGCGCCACUAUUGCCUGCUCGUAUGGCUGUUUCUGGAUCUCCUACGCCAUUAGUAUGAUACCCAGCUUCAACGUCAGGGACGCUUACCCCAGCCUUGCUGACUACAACCACGCCAACGGAUUAUUUCUUAUGGGGUUCUUCAUCUUCUCAGUGGCUAUAACUCUGUGCUCGAUGAAGUCAAAUGUCUUUUCUCUGACGCUCUGCCUUCUUGUCAACUGCACCUGGCUCUUCCUCGGGGUGGCAAACCUCUGGACUGAAGAAUCGGGCGCUCCUAAUAACGUACUACUCAAGUGCGGCGGCGUGACUGGCUUGUUGGUGUCAUUCACGGCGUGGUAUCUUAUGUAUGAAGCUUUGUUCUGCCACCGAAUCCCGAUCUUCCGUGGAAUACAAGCCGCAGAUCCCUUGGCUCACAUAUAA